ACAGAAAUCACGUUUUCUGUCUUCUGCUCAGUGAGCCUUUUUAUGCAGAAGGAGAUCAAGGACUUGGCUUGAAAAGGGCAUCGUACAUUUUUUUUCACGGUCCCUCAAGCACCCAGUCAUAAACUCUGCCAGAGAUUGGCAAUAAAAUAUUCGAGACUUCGCUUGUCUCUUUCACCUCUGCUGCCUUUGAACCUGUGGGCUCCAGUUAAACAAAUGCCCUGCCGUCUGCUGUGUGCUAUGCCAGGGAUCGGGACGAAACACUGUGGGCCUUCUCUGAGGUUGCCCUGGCUGACAGUGGCCACCUGGUGCCUCCUGUGCUGCCCUGGCCUGGGUGCUGUCACCCUGCCCCCUGUGCUCGAGCAGGAGCUGCAGGCGGUGACGGCGCAGGUGGUGGUGCGCAGCUCUCCCUGCAGCGCCACGUGCGGCCUGGGGUUGCGGACGGAGGAACUGUGCCUGCUGGGAGGUGGUGGAGCGCACGAGAGCUGUGAGGAGAGGAAGGCGGAGUGCCUGGUGUCCUGGGACUGUGGCCUGAGCACCUUCACAGUGACCGCGGGGGACGCCCAGGAGCUGGACUGCCUCGGCGAGGUGAUGGAGACCAUGGGGAGGUUCAGGUUCGUCUUCUCCUGGAGGUAUGCCCGGGGCGUCGUCACCACGGACGACUCGUUCUUCAGGCGCUACGCGGUGCCGCCCUUGGACAGGUUGGUCCUGGAUCCCGUGAGGGAGGCCGACGCGGGGACCUACCGCUGUGACGUGAAAGACAGCCGCUACAGGAUGCUCAAGAGGGUCUUCUUCGGGGUCAAGGUGCUGCCUGCAAAGGUUGUGCACCUGCAGUACACUGGUGCUCUUUCUCAAUGGGAUGCCCUGAAAGACAACCAAACUGGGGACGGAUUCAACAGCACCUCCAUCGCCACCUCUGACAGCCUUGCCUUCUCUCAAGUCGAGAAAAUUAUCCUGUACAGCCUGUGUAUCUCAUCAGGAAUGGCAGCGACCAUGUUUCUGUUACUUUGCUUCGUCUUCCAAGAGAAGAGAAAUAAUCGUGCAGAUCUAUAAGGUCCUAAAACCAGAAGCCAGACCUGGUGGAGGUAGUAGGUUGGUGCUGGUCAUGCUCUGCUGAUAUUUUCCACACCAAAACCAUUUUUCUUUCUCAUUAGCCUCCCUUUUGCACAAUAAAUUGACCAGUUCUAUUCA